CAUGCAGCUGUUUGCCGCUCUCAGGAACUAAAUCAGAAGAGACAGGGACCUAGGGGUUCAGCCAACAGCUUGAGCUCCUCGGCUAUUCCCACCCGGACUCUUCGCCCCCAGUUCUCACACCCUUGCUUUCCCAGCUUCGGUGUCUGGUUGCGGCUGCCCUGUGCACUCACUGUGACUUUGGGUUAGGGUGGAAGUAGAAGGCCCAGGCAGGGUCUCUGUGACUGGAUAAAAUUACCGGCCUCAGAACCUGGGAAGAAGGCGGGUAUUCGACGUCUAGGGGCGGAGAGACGGGGCGGAGGAGCUCCCCUUUGAAUCUUAGCCGGUGGGCUGCCGGCGAUUCUCGACAGAAGCAGAGGUGGCUAGCGGGUCUGACUGGCGUGCAUGCAACUCUUUUUCAGUCCCUCUACCGGUUCUUUAGGAUUGGAAAUCACAGCUGUUACGAAGGGCCUAAUCCAAGGCACUAGGGUGCCACCUACGCGCUGAUGCCCCGAGUGCUCAAAGGGCUUCCAGCUAACCAUGCUGCACCUACCUUGGCGCUGCCCCUGCUACUACUAUUACUGCUGGUGGUGUGGACCCCGCUCCCCAUUAGCGCGAGGCGGUCCGCAGGGACUGAUUACCUGCGGCGAGGCUGGCUGCGGCUCCUAGCCGAGGGCGAGGGUUGUGCUCCCUGCCGGCCAGAAGAGUGCGCUGCGCCGCGGGGCUGCCUAGCAGGCCGGGUGCGGGAUGCGUGCGGCUGCUGCUGGGAGUGCGCCAACCUGGAGGGCCAGCUCUGCGAUCUGGACCCCAGCGCCAACUUCUACGGGCGCUGCGGCGAGCAGCUCGAGUGCCGGCUGGACGCGGGCGGUGACUUGAGCCGAGGAGAGGUGCCGGAGCCGCUGUGUGCCUGUCGCUCGCAGCGCCCACUGUGUGGCUCCGACGGCCGUACCUACGCGCAGAUCUGCCGCCUGCAGGAGGCCGCCCGCGCUCGGCCCGACGCUAACCUCACUGUGGUGCAUCCCGGGCCCUGUGAAUCGGAGCCCCAGAUCCUAUCACAGCCUCACAAUAUUUGGAAUGUGACGGGACAGGAUGUGAUCUUUGGGUGUGAGGUGUUUGCCUAUCCCAUGGCCGCCAUUGAGUGGAGGAAAGAUGGCGUGGACAUCCAGCUGCCAGGGGAUGACCCCCAUAUCUCUGUACAGUUUAGGGGUGGACCUCAGAAGUUUGAGGUGACCGGCUGGCUACAGAUCCAGGCUUUGCGUCCUAGUGAUGAAGGCACCUACCGCUGCCUUGCCCGGAACGCCCUGGGCCAAGUGGAAGCCUCUGCUACCCUGACAGUGCUCACACCAGACCAGCUGAACGCCACAGGAUUCUCCCAGCUGCAGUCACUUAAUUUGGUUCCCCAGGAGGAGGCAGAGAGUGAAGAGGAUUACUACUAGAUCCAGAUCUCUGAUUUGUGGGUGUGGGUGUGUGGAUACGGUAUCCACCCCUGCUGUUGAGAAGAUGUGGAGAAGACUGGAAAGGGCGAGCAGGGUCCUUUCAUGGAUUGUUUAAUGCUCGUUGUAGCCUCAGUUUACCUUUUCUCAAAACUUAUCUUCUGGAAGCUUUCCACCUCACCGAGUUCCUAGGGACACUCACCAACUGUAGUCCUGUCUGCGGUGUGAGCACAGUAGCACUGAUUUAGUUCAGUGCAGCGGGAGGGUGGGUCAGCCCAUGUCUUAAACCUCUCCAGUGGAUAAAGCCCACCUAGCAUAUGACUAGACACAGUGGGCACCAAUAAAAAAUAGUCAAACAGA